AUGAACAUCCGGAAAAUGCUCGAAUCGGCGGCGAAGCAUGAGAACGAUCUGGCCGCCUAUCGUGCAUAUCUAGAGGGCUUCAA